CCGUUUUUCUUUUUCCUCCUCUUUUCAUUCGCGAAGGGCCGUUUCAGCGUUGGCGCUUGACGUUUCGCUGGCCUGCACGCACACAUUCGUACGCUGUUUACGUUUCGAUGAGACCUAUAUAGGUCCUAUACAGUGAGCAUAGCAUGUGAGAUUUGUAUCUACGCCAGUUUUACCCGUCUCAAUACACAGCUCCUUGAACUGUGCAAGUGGGAGGUGGGGGAACAGGUUUGUUUUCUCGUUCGUCCUGUGAGGUGUAGCAGCAGUACCGAGAUAGAAGACGGGAAACUUCCUUUUUCCUCGGUUGUGGUCGGUAGAACAUGGUAAAAACCAGAAUGAUCACCAAACAUUGUCCCGAGUGUGAGGUGCAGGUGGCGAUUGCGUCGAAGAAAUGUUCCUGUGGCCAUAUGUUCAGCAUGAAAUCAUCGAGCGCUUACGAGCCCCCGUCGAGAACGAAAACGAGCUCGAAGCGAAAAGCAGCUCAAGCGGCCGCGGCUGCCGCUGCUGCUGCCUCUUCGUCCAGCGAUAGCCGGAAAGGGUCAGCAUCCGGGCAGGUGCAGCGUCGUCGAACCAGCCGAGUACGACGGGAGAAACCCAACUACUACGACUCCCUGCAGUACGAAAAGAAAAAGAAAAAGACUAAGAAAUCGUCCAAAGCCUCUCUAUUCAAAGGCAAAGAACCGAAGCAGACACAGCUCAUUACGGCCAAAGAAACGCAGGUGGCCCGUGCUUCUCGGCAUGCUAAUCGACGUGCGAAGAAGGAAGAAAUCGACGGUGGAGGGGAUCUUGCGGCCAAGUUGCCAUUAGACAAGCAGGAAGUGGCCGCUAUAAUACUCUCAGAAAUCAAUCGAAAAAUCGGUUCCGUCGUGUGGACCCAACCAUAGGGCACUGGCUCUAUCCGUAACCGUAACUUGUACAGUAUAGAAAUCAUACCAAUA